CUAUUGCUGAUGUUGGUUGGAGUACACACACGCUAUAGCAACAAAUUCAAGUUCAUUAAAACGAGGGGUCAGUCGUUGGGGUUUCGACUGCUGCCGACGGCCGCCUAGCAGGGAGAACAGCUUAGCUGCUUUAGUUAUUUUUGAACCGGCCGCCAGGCAUAACGUGGUGCCCGAGCUCCGUCGUCGUUGACGCUGAUAACUGUGCUCAGUAGAAUUGAGAGGUGUGUCUGAUUUUAGCAAGAUGGCUCUGCUGCGACUUGUUGCUACCGAGUGCCGAAAUGCCCUCCAACGUGGCUACAGUACGGCUUCCGUACCGACAACGAAGAUGUUCAUCGAUGGCAAGUUUGUCGAUUCGAAGACAAGCGAAUGGAUCGAUCUUCACGAUCCCGCCACCAAUGAAGUAGUCACGCGUGUCCCCAAAUGCACCCAGGAUGAAAUGCAAGCCGCGGUGGAAUCGUCCAAAAAGGCGUUCAAGACCUGGCGCCAAUCGUCCAUCCUAUCGAGACAGCAGGUGAUGUUCAAGCUGCAGCACAUUAUUCGCAACAACAUGUCGGAGCUGGCCAAGAACAUCACGAAGGAACAGGGAAAAACGUUGAUCGACGCCGAAGGAGACGUGCUGCGUGGAUUGCAGGUCGUUGAGCAUUGUUGCAGCAUUACCUCGCUUCAAAUGGGUGAAACUGUGCCGAACAUUGCAAAGGAUAUGGACACGUAUUCUUAUCAGCUACCGCUGGGAGUUACCGCCGGCAUUGCUCCCUUCAACUUCCCCGCUAUGAUCCCACUGUGGAUGUUCCCGGUCGCGAUCACGUGCGGUAACACGAGCAUUAUCAAGCCAUCCGAGCGUGUCCCAGGCGCGACGAUGCUGCUGAUGGAGAUGCUCAACGAAGCUGGCUGCCCCCCGGGUGUGGUUAACGUGAUCCAUGGCGCACACGAUUCGGUGAACUUCAUCUGCGACAAUCCGGACAUUCGGGCAGUUUCCUUCGUUGGCUCCGACCAGGCAGGAAAGUACAUCUACGAGCGUGCGGGACGCAACGGCAAGCGGGUACAGUGUAACAUGGGCGCAAAGAAUCACGGUGUCAUUAUGGCCGAUGCGAACAAGGAGAACACACUGAAUCAGCUGGCCGGUGCUGCGUUCGGUGCGGCCGGACAGCGUUGUAUGGCCCUCUCGACGGCCGUAUUUGUCGGUGAGGCCAAAAACUGGAUUCCCGAUCUGGUCGAGCGUGCACGCACCCUGCGAGUCAACGCUGGCCACGUGCCCGGAACCGAUGUAGGACCGGUGAUCUCGCCCCAGUCGAAGCAGCGCAUCCACGAGCUGGUUGAAUCGGGCGUUAAAGAGGGAGCCAAGAUUGUGCUCGAUGGACGUGACAUCAAGGUGGAGAACUUUGAGAAGGGCAACUUUGUUGGACCGACCAUCAUUAGCGACGUGAAGACGAACAUGAAGUGCUACACCGAGGAAAUCUUCGGCCCGGUGCUGGUCUGCCUUUCGGUCGACACCGUCGACGAAGCCAUCGAGCUGAUCAACAACAACCCGUACGGUAACGGAACGGCCAUCUUCACCACCAACGGAGCCACCGCUAGGAAGUUCGUCAACGACAUCGACGUCGGUCAGGUUGGUGUGAACGUGCCGAUUCCGGUGCCGCUUCCCAUGUUCUCGUUCACUGGCAGCCGCGGCAGUUUCCUUGGCGAUUGCCACUUCUAUGGCAAGCAGGGUAUUAAGUUCUACACGCAAACCAAGACGGUUACGCAGCUGUGGCGUGAGGGCGACGUUAGUCACACCAAGGCGGCUGUUGCUAUGCCAACGAUGAAGUAAAGAAAACUAUGCCAGUUAGGUGCCAUGAAUAUACGAACUGAACACGCGAAAUGAUAUCGAUUGCGACAACAAACGUCUUCCAGAUAAAGUGCAUUUAAAUUGGUACGUUUUUAUUUUAAAACAAAGCCGAGUUAGUGAAAUAAAGUGCCCUAAUAUGCUUUGCUCGUA